GUCAACAGAUGAAUCGACCCAAAAAGCAAAAAGAAGCUGCACUUGCCUCUCUUCAUCAAUAGUAUUGGAGUCAUAGCAGCAAUCAGUUUCUCCAAGAGGGAAAAUUUCAUGGAGGCCAACGAAUUUUUUGGAAACGAGUGGGUUUAGCGUUUAGGCCGAGCAGUGACAGGCAUCGAGUCGACGUUUGUCAGCCGCUUUUCAUGUUGCUUUGCUCGCACUAGAAAUAUAAAGCAACAACCAUCCUGCUUGUCUCAGCCUUCGUUUGAGUAGGAGGCUGCUUCUCUUCACUAGAUUGCCACUUCUGUCACUGCUAAUUAAGGAGGAUCCAUCAAUUUGAAGAAGAAUUUGUUGCUUCCUAAUCUCAGCUCCAACAAAGUGAGCACUCGGACUUUUAGUUGAGUUGACUGAAUCUCUUAAAACCAUGGACGGGAUCAACUCUUUCCACCAAACUCAAUACAACAAGCUCACCGCUGCUUUGCCCGGCUUCUAAUAGUCAAGUACAAGAUCAACAAAGGCACAAAAACUUAAUUUCUGAAUUGGCUGUUUGAGAGAUGAAUUGUUUGCUGUUCGGAUCGAAGGGGCCACCGGUGAAACGAAGAGAUGGUUUAAGGAUACAACAGGCGGGACGAAUUUCAUAUAGAGAACACUGUGGUUUCUGUGAAAAUCGCUACUGCAUGGGGAAGAUAGCCUUAAGAGAAUUUCUCAAGAGCCUAUGCGAUAAUUCGUGCUGGAAAUAUGCAAUCUUUUGGAAGCUUCAACAUGAAUAUGAGAUGUUCCUAUCAUGGGAAGAUUGGUACUAUGAUUAUCCAAAAGUGAGAACAUUGACGGGAAAUUUGCCCGCUGAACUGUCUGCCAAUGAUGCGAAUCAAUUCCUAUCCUUUGAUGAUGGUAGCGUUAUAGACGGGACUGCAAGUCAGAUCGCUGUGUUGGAAACAUCAUGUCUUCAGUACAAACUGGGAGAAGGGAUUAUUGGUGAAGUGGUCCGCACACAGAGUCAUUGCUGGAUAUCAUUGGAUGAUGUGUUGGCCAGUAACUGCAAAUCAGAGACACCUUUCAAUAUACCAGAUGAAUGGUUGCCCCAGAUUUCAGCUGGUGUCAAGACUAUUCUAGUAUUACCUCUUUUUCCACAUGGAGUUUUGCAGCUUGGUUCACAUGAAAAGGUUCCGGAAAUUAGGGAGGCGGUGAGUCACAUCAAAGCGAUGUUUAGUUCUAUUGGAUACGAACAGGCACAAUAUGCACCUUUGACUCCAAACAAGAAUCCAACUCACUCAUUGUCUUCGUUAAUGCCGUUUCUCUUGGAUACCAUGGAUGGUUCCUCGCUUAUAGAUAGUAUAUAUUUAAGUGGUAUGCAGUUUGAAGGCCCAGAGAAUGGUGCCGAAGCAAAUCGAGACAGAGCGACUGCUUGUCAAGUCAUAGGUCAGCUAGAAAAUCUCCUACAAGCUGAUGAUAGUGAGACUCUUGUUCUAACAAAGGGACUUCCUGAAAUAUCCAACUUACCGAGUCAACCUGUUAAUGCAAACCACACGGACAUAGUGGAUGAUAACGAUUUGUGGUUUUCUAGUAUGGCUGAGGACUUACUAGUCUUUAAAUCUCACAACCUAGGAAUGUCCGCAGAGUUUUCUCAUGAAUUAUUGAAUUCUUGCACCGCCAAUGAUGCUUCCGAAUGGCCACUCAAAAGCAAGGAUAUUGAUCAUGCAGAUCAUAAGACUACAAGAGAUAUGUUUAACUUUCCCACAGAUUGUGAGCUGCACAAAGCACUCGGACCAUCUUUCCAGGGACAGGCACAUGAGACAUCCAUCUUAUUUGAAAAUGCAUUCAGCGACUUCAGGUUGAGUCAUGAAGUGGAUUACUUUUAUGAUGUUGAGAGAUCAACCGAGUACCUCUCCACAGAUGAUGCCGAGUUUCUGUUGGAAUCUGUCAUCCCAAAUAGAUAUGGAAGCUCACAUCCUCCUUCACCUAGCGAGUCAAACGAUACCAAAUUAACAGUCUUAUCAAGGCAAUCCAAUACUUCCUCUAAGGUACUCAAUAUUCUCGAAGGAAGAACCUCGGGCGAAGAUGUCUCUGCUGUUAUUACUCAUUGUAAAGACAGGAUUAGCGUUCCAUCUUCUCCAGUUUCCAUGAAGAGCACGACGAGAUCAUUAAUGAAGAGGGAGCGCUGGGAGGAAGAGAAUGCUCCAGCACUGGCCAGGAAGGGAGAGAAGCCGUUAUCUGGCUACAAAAAGAGGAGCAGAACAGGUGACAACAAAAAGCCUAGACCAAGAGAUAGACAGUUGAUCCAGGAGCGACUCCGAGAACUUCGCAUACUUGUCCCCAGCAGCAUGAAGUGUAGCAUAGAUAGCCUCCUAGAACGGACGAUAAAGCACAUGCUCUUCCUGAGAAGGGUGACUCAUCAGGCCGAGAAGCUGACAAAAUUGGAAACCUUUGAGCAAAAGGUCGGUCUACAAGAUAACAAGAAUGAGUGGGAAUAUUUACAUUUUAGUGGCGGUUUCCGUGGAAGAACUAACUUGGCUGUCGAAAGUGGAGGCGAGUUCCAAGCCUGCCCUGCACCUAUAGCUGUUGAAGAUCUUAAUCAACCGGGGCACAUGCUCAUUAAGGUGAUAUGCAAUGAACAAGGGCUAUUCUUGGAGAUUGCCCAGGUGAUCACACGUCUAGAGUUGACGAUUCUUAAAGGACUAGUUGAGAAUUACUCCAAUGAUAGCUGGGCCUGUUUUAUUGUUGAGGCUUCCAAGGACUUUCAAAAGAUGGAUAUCUUCUGGCCACUCAUGCAACUUCUGCACUGCACAAGACCUAAAGUAUCAAGCAAGAAAUGAUGCACUGCCGAAAUGGGCGAUAGCACGCAGGACUUUUCCUGCUCGUUGUCUGCAACCAGAGGGUCAUAACAUCCUCAAUGUGAAUGCAUGUAACCUAGUUUGAUGAAGUAAUACAAUGUCUAUGAAUCAAACUAGAAAUGAAUAAGAAUUUGGACGUUAUGUACAA